GAAGGGCAGAAAGGCAGGUAAAGCCACGUGUAGGCGGGUACCUAAAGUACCUAAAUGCUAGGUACUUUUGUAGGGACCCGUAGGGCAGUUUUCGUAAUCCAUAGUGACGCCUUUCAAUGCGGCCAGUGCCAUUGAUUCAGCCUGUUCGGAAACAUCACCACCAUCUUCAGCUACCACCAACUCUUUUCUCCCUACCUAACCUAACCUACCUCAUAAGUCUAUCUGCGCCACGGUACCUAAUACUCGUUUUUACUUCCCCGAUGAAUGCCGUUUCAUCGUCUAGUCGAUAUUGAUUCCUCCUCGACGAAUCCUUGUUCAUUCAACUUCCUCCUUCGUCCACUGUCAAAUCUUAACCCUCCGCCUUUGAACAAUACCGUUUCGAUAUGGCUCCGCUUUGGGGCUCUUCGUGGUCUUCUACAUGGGGUUCUCUAUCUGGAUACAGUGCCGUUCAGAAUGGCGAACAGAACUCGGCGACAGGCUCUGCCACCGACUCCUCCCACCUUAAACCCAGCAUCGGCCAAAUUCUGAGUUCCAAGCGAGUGCGCUAUGCCGCCUUUUCUCUCGCUGCUAUCGGGGUCAUUCUUCUCGGUUUCCGAAACUACGAUCGUCUACCGUCCAUCGAGAGUUUACGAAAUGGUAGCGCUGCCGCUUCCAGUGCAAAUUGCCCUACUGCGGUCAUACCGACAUACCAAGAUUCGCAGGUCAACUGGUCGCGUUUUGCGUACACGCAAUAUGUCACCAACGCUGCAUAUCUAUGCAACUCCGUCAUGAUCUUCGAGACCCUGUUCCGUCUCGGUAGCAAGGCUGACCGUGUUAUGCUGUACCCCCAAACCAUGAUGGACGCUGGCGAGACGAACCCGACUUCAGAAGAAGCCAGGUUACUCGUCAAGGCCCGGGACGAGUACAAGGUUAAGCUUGUGCCUGUAGAGAUUAAACGACGACCCGGAGCUGAUGCUACUUGGGCCGAAUCUUUCACCAAGCUUCUCGCAUUCAAUCAGACUCAAUAUUCCCGUGUCUUGAAUGUCGACUCGGAUUCCACUAUUCUGCAAACUAUGGACGAGUUAUUCCUUAUGCCGCCAUGCCCUGUUGCUAUGCCUCGUGCCUACUGGCUAUUUCCUGACAACAAGAUCUUGUCGUCCCAGUUGAUGUUAGUGCAACCCAGCGCGGUGGAAUUCGACAGGAUCAUGCAAAAGAUGGACGCUGCCGGGCGUAAUGAUUACGAUAUGGAGAUUGUAAACCAGCUGUACGCAGACAGCGCUAUGAUACUCCCGCACCGCCCUUAUGACUUAUUAACGGGCGAGUUCCGCGGGGAGAACCACGAAAACUAUUUGGGUACCGACCGGGAAGAAUGGGAUCCUGUUGCCAUCUAUAACGAAGCCAAGUUCCUUCACUUUUCCGACUGGCCCGUGCCGAAGCCGUGGAUCCCGAUGUCUGAUUCGAUGCGACAAGACAAGCAGCCUAAAUGUGUGACGAAGAACGGUCAGGAGGACUGUUCAGCUAGAGAGUUGUGGAACGGAUUUUAUAAUGAUUUCACAGAGCGACGUUCGAGGGUCUGUAAUACCGGAAGAAAAGCUAGACGAUAAAUCAGUAAUGUCGAGCGUGCUCGUUUUGGGUCUUUAGGGGUCGUUAGGAUGUGUCCUAAAUAAUGAAUUACUGGAAUUGUACUUUAUGUGGCAUGACAUGUUUAUAGAUACCAACAUUGAAUAAAUGGAGCGUUUUUACUUCUUCAGAAAGGAAUUGAUGUUAUAGCAGGUCUACUUAGAUAUUGUCUACUCGAAUGUAAAACAAAACAAUAGGGAAACCGGCCCAGCG